AACUAAACUGUUGGCUAACUUGUCUUCCCUCUAUCUAUUGGCCCCCACCUUCCCUCCAAUCCCAGAGGAGAUCCUUUCGAAUCUUCUCUUCAUCCAAAUUAUCUGUACUGUUCCUUCUUCUCUUUAUUAUAUUAUAUUGCCCAACAGUUCAAUCCAAACUAACCAGAAAAAGAAAAAAAAAAAAAAAAAAAAAAAAUUACACAAAUUUUUUUAAAGGAAAGAGAGCUUUGAAUUCACAUUUGGUGCUGAUUGAUCUGCACACAUCAUGGCACUCAGCGAACCAAAUCCCAACUUCGACUCUCACGUACCUCAAGAACUCCUCAAGCUUUAUCUCCGCUCUCUCUUCGUCAUUUCGUCGAACACGCGCGCGCGUCCCGGAAUCGCUUCGUCGUCGAGAUCGGCGGCCCCGGAGAUCCGUAGACCGUCCGAUCGUUUCUUUCCCGGAAAUAGGUCACCGUUGAUUUCGCCAAAUUCGGCCUCGACGUCGCGAUCGUCGGAGCUCGAGCUGUUUCUCGAGUUGCAGCCUCUGAGGAUGAGGAGGGAGCUGUUUCAGCACGAGGAGUUUGGGGAGCUUAUUGAGGUUGUUAUGGAUUUGGGAAGGCAGCCUCUUGCGAGGUUUCCUUCGGGUGAUUGGGUCAUCUCGGAGCAACCUGUUAAGCAUGAAGAGUUAAAGCACGCGAUAUCUAAGGUUGGUGAUUUUUCGGAUGACAACCGUUCGGGUAUUAAUAAUUCUUUACAUCGUAUAAGUGCCAUUCGGAAUCGGAAAAUGCAAAUCAUUGGCCUCACUUGCCGGGUUGGUCGAGCUGUAUCCGGAAGUGCCGGAUAAUACGUGACUUGGUUGAGGGCGGAGGUUCCAUCUUAGUCAUAGGGCCUCCUGGGGUCGGCAAGACAACCUUGAUCAG